AUGGGUCAUCUAUCAUCAUUACUAAAAAAGAAUUGGAUUCUAUGGAAGAGAAACUGUUUCUGUUCUACUUGCGAAAUUAUUUUACCACUAUUGUUAAUAUUGGCAUUGGCUGGAAUUAGGUAAAACAUUGUUAUAUUUUUUAGAGCUGUUGUAGAAAAGACUAAUCUUGAUGAAACAGCCUUUAUAUAACCAGAACUUGAAUGGAGAUCAUCAGAUCCCAAUGUUCCAGUGAUGUUACCUCCUUUGAUUGAUGAAAAUGAUAUAGAAAUGAAACUUAGAUUUAUGUAAAAAUGGAAUGAUACAUUAACAUUGUUUGAAAACUUAAAGGUUUUAGAUAGUAGAAGUAGAUUAUAACUGUUACCUAAAAUGAAGUAAAGAAAUUAUACAAUUUUAGAAAUUGCAUAGACAAUUACAAUUACUAAUAAGAAAGAUUUUGGCUUAAUGGUCAUGUAGCACUUGGACCUAAUGAAAAUAAUGAGAUAGUGAAGGAAUUAAAAUAUAUUUUUGAAAGUAAAAACUUUUUUGAUUUGAUUAGAUUACUAUAAUUAUGAAACUAUGAUAUUCAAUAGUAAUGAAGAUCUUAAUGAAUAUACAGCUGAUUAGAAUUAUGGAAGAGAUGGAGUUCCUAGAAUAUGUUUUGGAGUGAUGUUUAAUGAAAAUGCUGGAAAUAAUAUUUAUGAUUAUCAAUUGCGAUUUAAUUCGAGCGGAUUUAAUAGUUAUGAAAUUCCUCCAACAAAUUUAAUAGAAGUGGAUCCAAUAAAAUAUUAAGAUUAUGAAAAAGCUAAUGCAUAUUGGGAAUCUGGUAUGUUAACAGUAUAAACAUUUGUGGAUAAUAUCAUUUUGAGAAUUGAAACAAAUAAUUAAGCUACUAUAACUCCUAAGUUUUCUUAUGGUAUUUUAUAAUUAAAUUCAAUUAGUUCAUUAAUAGGAAGGAGUAAAGGAUGAAUUUGCAACAUUUUUAAGAGGAUAAUUUGGUGUUUAUUUGAUAUUACCUUUAAUAAUCAUAUAUUUAAGAAUGACUUAUGCGAUGAUUUAUGAAAAAGAAAAAAAAUUAAGAGAAGGUAUGAAGAUGAUGGGAUUGAAUAACACAUCAUUCUAUCUAUCAUGGAUUAUCUAAUAUCUAAUAAUAUAUACAAUUAUUUCAAUAAUUGCUACAAUAUUAUUAUCUGCUAUAGUAUUUACACAUACUGAUGGAUUUGUAUUAUUCUUAAAUUAUUGGCUAUUUUGUAUAGUAUUGAUAUUUCAAUCAAUGUUCAUUAGGUAUAAAUUAAAUUUAAUCAUAGUGUAUUUUUUACAAGAGCAUUAUUUGGAUUAAUUGUAGCCAUAGUUUGGUAUUUGUUGAUGUACAUGGUAAUCAGUUUAGUAGGUAGUGGAUCAGACAUAGUUCCUGAAUCAUCCUAUUGGGGAGCCUCAAUAUCUUCUCAUGCUGCUAUGUCUUUUGCAUUUGAUGUUAUGGUAUUAUUUGAAGCUCAAAGCAAAGGUGUUUCAAUGUCAACAAUAUCAACUAAAGUUGAAAACUAUGCUGUAAAUAUAGCUUUGAUAAUGCAUAUCUUGAACAUAUUCUUUUACUUAAUAAUGUCAAUAUAUUUAGAUUUAGUAUUUCCAAAUGAAUGGGGUAAGAAAUUACAUCCUUUAUUUUGCAUACCUUAUUUUAAUAGAUCACACAAUAAUUAAUAGUCAAAAUUAAUGAAAAAAUCAUCUUAAGUCCAUCCAGAAAGAUAUGAAGAAGUAGAAUAAGCUUUAAAAGAUUAAGAAAAUAGAAAAGAAGUACUUUAAAUCUCUAAUCUUACUAAAAUAUAUCCAAGUGGCAAAUAAGCAGUCAGUAAUGUAAGUUUGACUAUGUAUGUUGGUUAAAUUUAUGCUUUAUUGGGACAUAAUGGAGCAGGUAAGACUACUACAAUUUCAAUGUUGACAGGUCUCUUAGAUAUUACUGAAGGAGAAGCAACAGUAUUUGGAUAUGAUGUUGAAACUUAAAUUGAAGAAAUUAGAUAAUUUAUGGGAGUAUGUCCAUAACAUGAUAUUUUAUUUGAUAAUAUGACAGUCAAAGAACAUUUGGAAAUGUUUGCAACUUUUAAAGGAAUGAAACCAGAAGAUAUUCCUGCUGCUGUUAGAAGAAUGAUUGAAGAUGUUGAUUUAUUAGAAAAGACUGAUUAUUUAAGUAAGAAUCUAUCUGGAGGAUAAAGGAGAAGAUUAUCUGUUGCUAUUGCCUUUAUUGGUAAUUCUAAAUUAAUAUAUUUGGAUGAACCUACUUCAGGAAUGGAUACAAGUGCAAGAAGAUAUAUUUGGGAAAUGCUUAAAAAUUAUAAAGAAGAUAGAAUCAUAGUCUUAACAACACAUUUUAUGGAUGAGGCUGACUUUCUAGGUGAUAGAAUAGGUAUAAUGGGAGAAGGUAAAUUAUAGUGUUCAGGAAGUAGUGUAUUUUUAAAGAAUCAAUUUGGUAAUGGUUAUAAUCUAACAAUUGUAAAAGAAAGUACUUUAACUGAAUCAGAUCCAAUCAUUGAAAUUAUCAUGAAAACAUGUCCAGAAGCUAUUUUGAUUUCUAAAGUUUCAGCUGAAAUUCUUAUGCAAUUACCUUUAAAUGCAGUUGAUAAAUUUCCAAAAUUAUUUGCAGAAUUAGAUACUAAUUUAAAAGCUUUACAUAUGUAAAGUUAUGGUAUUAGUAUUACAACUCUUGAAGAAGUAUUUUUAAAGGUUGCUUAAAUAGGAGCUGGACAUCAUUAAGUAAAUGAUUAUAUUGAGAUGGAGGAUAAGAAUAAAUAAGCAGUUUAAAUUGAUGAUUUCGAUAUUAAUUAAAUAAGAGUUACAAAUCCUACUCAAUUAUUUUUCAAUCAUACUUUAGCUUUACUUAUGAAAAGAGCAAGAUUUUUCAAAAGAGAUGUAAAGAGUUUAUGUUGUGAAAUCUUAUUACCUUGUUUGGUUGUACUUCUUGGAUUGAUCUUAAUGACAAUUGAAUUUAUAACUGAACCAAAUAUUAUUGUUUUAACACCUCCAUCUGAAUGUUAUGGUAAUGGAAUUUAAUAUUUAUGGGGAGGAUUAAAUGACUAAUCUCUAUUUUCAUAAAUAGAUUUUGAAAUGUACAAUUCUACUAUUCAAGUUUUUGGAGAUGAUAGUCUAGAUAAUCUCAAAAAAAUUGAUUAAAAUUACUAUGAUACUUUUGAUUAGAGAUCAAAUAUUGGAUGGUAUUAUUUGACUAGCAAUUCUAAUGAUUAAUUUGAAUAUUACAUGUUUGUCAAUACAAUCUUUAGAGAAGCUCCACUUGUUUUAUAAAAUUAAAUGAAUUAAGCUAUUUUAAGAAAAGUUACCAAUAACAAUAAUUAUUAAAUUAAAGUUACUAAUUCACCUUUUAGAAAAACAUAUGAAGAAUUGAAUGGAUCAAAAACAAUAGCUGGAUUUUUAUCUGCUUUAGUAUUUUCUAUGGGUAUGGCAUUCAUUCCUGCAUCUUUAAUAUCAUAUAUUGUUAAGGAAAGAGAGAUUAAUAUAAAACAUUAAUAAUUAGUAUCUGGUGUUUCAGUAAAAGCAUAUUGGUUUAGUAAUUGGUUGAUGGAUUUAGGAAAGCAUGUAAUUCCAGCAGUUGUAUGUUGUCUUCUAAUUCUAGCAUUUGAUAUAUAGGCAUUAAUAGAAGGAGAAAAUUAUGGAUUUUCAUGGUUAAUCUUCUUUUUAUAUGGUUGGGCAAUAAUCCCUUUUUGUUAUUUCUUUAGUUUUGCCUUCAGAUAACAAGGAAAUGCAAUGUUAUUAAGCUUUUUCAUACAUUUAUUGGUUGGAUCAAUUAUAAGUUUGAUAGUUUAUAUUUUGAGAUUGAUAUCAUCUACAAGAGAUGCAGCCACUGUUUUGUAAUGGAUUUUCAGAUUGAUUCCAUCAUUUUCAUUUGCAUAUGGUAUAUUAAAUGCAUGUUCAAAAGACACAUAUAUGGUAAUGGAAGGAUGGACAGAAAUGAAAAGUACUUAUGAUAUGGCAGUAAGUGGAGGAGAUGUACUGAUGCUUGCAAUAAUGGGAGCAUUUUAUUUAAUUUGUGUAUUCAUUGUUGAAUACUUUGAAGAUAAUGGAUAAUUAUAGAAACUAGGAUCAAGUGAAUCUAGUAUCCCUUACAUUCCAAAACCUAUUGAUGAUGAUGUAGCUAAAGAAAAAUAAUUAUGUGAAACCUAUAAACCAGAAGAGAAGGCCAUUCUUGUAAAAGAUAUGAGAAAAGUGUUUAUGUUGGGUGAAGGAAAACAUAAAGUAGCAGUUGAUUAAGUCAGUUUUGCUAUUGAUUAAGGAGAGGUCUUUGGUUUAUUAGGAGUUAAUGGAGCUGGUAAAACUACUACCUUUAAGAUUUUAUCAGGAGAGUUAAAGCCCACUAGUGGAGAAGCAUUUAUUGCAGGCAAAAGUGUUAUUAAUGAAUUAGAAGCUGCUAGAGUCAAUAUUGGAUAUUGUCCUUAAUUUGAUGGACUUUUAGAUAAUCUUACUGUUAGAGAACAUAUAGAACUAUUUUCAGAUAUUAAAGGAAUACCAUAUUAUAAGAAAGAGGAAUUAGUUGAAAAGAAAUUAAAUGAGAUGGAUUUAAAGAGAUUUGAAAAUAUUCAAUCAGGUUAACUUUCAGGAGGAAAUAAAAGAAAAUUAUCUGUUGCUAUUGCUAUGAUUGGAAAUCCUCCAAUUGUUUUUUUAGAUGAACCUUCUACUGGUAUGGAUCCAGAAGCAAGAAGAUUCAUGUGGAAUGUUAUUUCAAGAAUUGCUACUCAAAGAAAAUAAAGUACUAUUAUUUUGACUACUCAUUCUAUGGAAGAAGCAGAAGCAUUAUCAACUAAAAUUGCUAUUUAAGUUAGUGGUAAUCUCAGAUGUCUUGGAUCUGUCUAACAUAUCAAAAAUAAAUUUGGUAAGGGAUAUGAAAUAGAAGUCAAAUUGGAAAAACCAUAAAAACAUGAGAUUUAAGAACUAAUACAAUAAAUGGGAUUGUAAAACAAUAUUAGAUUGGAUCAAAAUACUACAGUUGAAACAUUGAAAAAAAUCAAUUCAACUCAUUUAGAAUAAGAAAUAACAAUGAAAGGUUCUGGAUCACAUAUUUAUAAUGAUAUUAGAAAACCUAAUGGAUUAGCUAUUGAAACUCUUGCAGAAUAUGUUAUUGUUGAGAAAAUGGGAGAUCUUAUGAAGAAAUUCAUAGAGUAGAAUUUAGGAUAAUUUGAAGUUAUUGAACAUUUCCAAACAUUUUAUAGAUUUAGACUCCUUGGAUAGAUUACUGUGAGCAAACUCUUUGAAGGAUUUGAACAAAAUGUAAAUUAUUUAAUUAAUAAAUUUAGAAAAAACAAUAUAGAAUUUCCCAAUACUCCAUCAAAUAAGCAUCAAUAGAAUAAAUUUUCAAUAAUUUUGCAAUUUAGGAUUCUCAAUAACAACAAUAACAAGAGAAUGUUCAAGGGACUCAAAUUGCAGUGUAAAUCUAAUAAAAUUCUUGA